AUGAUAGCAUGGAGGAAAGAUAAGUCCAUUGCAGAGAAACUAAUAAGAGCAGAGUUCCCCUCCCCUUUACUCAAGGAGAAGACAUCACAUAAUGAAAGAGGAAGGAACCUGCAAAGUUGUCUAUCCACAGAGGCCCCUGAACCAGAGGACCCCAAAAAUAGGUAUAAAUUGUAUGCCUGUUUCAAUAAAGAGUCAGUAAGCACCCAGCUGACACCUGAUGAGGCCAUGGAGGCCGAAAGCGCUCGUGUCUGGGUUUACUUUGUGUUAACUGAACGUUAUAUCAGCCACAGAAAAGGCUCCCAGUGUAUUUCUUAUAUAAAAGCCCAGCAAGAAUUACAAGUUGUCGCCCCAGACGACACCCUAGAAGAGUUUUUUGGAUGCAAGGAUUUCCAAAACUCUAUAUUGGAUUAUGAUCCUUCUAAGGACAAUUAUCAUCCCAUUAACGAUGCCUUCUGGAAGCAGGGUGAAGAGACACCUUAUAUGGCUCUAGUCAACACUAUGAAAUUGAUUGAAAAAACAAACGGUCGUUUGAAGAUUAUUGAGACAUUGGCAAAUUUCUUCAGAUCUGUUAUUGUCUUGUCUCCAGAUGAUUUAUUAUGUUGUGUCUACCUAUGUCUCAAUAAAAUAGCACCUGCCUUUGAAGGCACCGAGCUGGGUAUAGGAGAAAAUAUUCUUAUGCGAGCAAUUGCCCAAGCUUCAAGACAUAGUAUUGAGAAGAUUAAACAAGAUAGAAAACAGAAAGGUGAUCUCGGUAUUGUUGCUGAACAAUGCCAUUCGACUGAAAGAAUCACAAAUAUGCCAAAUUUGACAGUAAAAGAUCUCUUUGACCAGCUGAAAGAAAUUGCAUCUCUAGCUGGCAAUGAUGCUCACGGUAAAAAGAUUGACAAGAUAAAGGAUAUAUAUAUUGCCUGUCGAGCUUCCGAAUCCCGUUAUCUUGUCCGAUCUCUCAAUGGAAAACUUCGCAUUGGUUUGGCCGAGAAGUCGGUUCUGCAGGCCAUAGCCCAAGCUAACUACCUUACACCUCCAGGUCAAAAAUAUCCACCGAAUAUUAUUAAUGCGGGCAAAACAAUAGGUUCAAAACAGUUAAAAAAACAAUUUGAAAAGUACGGUACAAUACUAAGCACGAUCUACAAUGAAUUCCCUUCAUAUGAUAAGAUCAUACCAAUCCUUUUAACCGAAGGGAUUGAGGAACUCCCCAAAUACUGCUCCCUUACCCCUGGAAUUCCAUUGAAAUCGAUGUUAGCUCAUCCUACUACUGGAAUUUCUGAAGUCUUGAAGCGUUUUGAGAAUGUCAAGUUUACUUGUGAAUUCAAGUAUGAUGGGGAGAGAGCACAGAUCCAUUUAAAGGAUGAUGGUACAAUCAAUAUAUAUAGUAGGAAUCAAGAAAAUAACACAACCAAAUAUCCCGAUGUUAUUUCCAUCUUGAGAAAUGUAUUGGGAAAAGAUGUUAAAUCAUGUAUCAUUGACGCGGAGGUUGUGGCUUGGGAUAAAGAAAACCAGCAAAUCUUACCCUUCCAAGUCCUAAGUACCAGAAAGAGAAAGGGUGUUAAUGAAAAGGAUCUCAAAGUACACAUAUGUAUAUUUCCCUUUGAUUUGCUUUAUCUGAAUGGCGAAUCACUGGUCAAGAAGUCAUUCGAGAUACGUCGUACUCUAUUACGAAAUAAUUUUAAAGAGAAAGAAGGGAGAUUUAUCUUUGCAAAGAAUAUGGACUCCACUAAUACAGAAGAUAUUGAAGAAUUUAUGAGGAAUCCCUUAAAGGUGAAUCUACGAGGUCUCAUGAUCAAAUCUCUGGAUGUGAAUGCUAUUUACGAUAUAGGAAAACGAUCACACAAAUGGUUAAAAUUGAAGAAGGACUACCUUAAUAGAGUAUAUGGGGGAUACAAUUGUUGUGUGGUCAUUGGAGGCUAUUUAGGCCAAGGCAAGCGCACUGGGCAAUAUGGAAAGUUUCUUGUAGCUUGCUAUGAUGAAACUAAAGACAAAUUCCAUGUCUUUGUGCAAGAUUGUUAUGAAAAUGGUACUGGUCCUGAUCACUGGUUUAAGCCUGUGAAAGUUUGGGAGAUUAAGUGUGCAGAUCUUUCCCUUUCACCUAUAUACAAAGCUGCAGUAGGACUGGUUGAUCCAGAAAAGGGCAUUUCUUUGAGAUUUCCAAGAUUUGUAAGAAUUCGUGAUGAUAAAAAUCCUAAAGAAAUCACAAAUGCAGUACAGAUUGCAGACCUCUACAAUAACCAAUACCAGAAUGAAAAAUAA